CCUAACUUCCUCCUUCCAAGAAGCCCUCUUAUUGGCUUCUCUCCCCAUUUUCGACCACGCUAUGGCUCAAGCGAAUUGGGACCCGAGAAAUUUAUUGCAAAUUACCUCCAAUGGUGAUUUGCAGUGUAUCGGCCGAACUCAGAAGGGCCACAGGUGUUCUUUCCGGUCCUCAGAUCGCUAUGCCGUGCGCAUCCAACCGUUACUCGAAUUAAUGUCCUCUAUACACCCAAGAAAUACUUGGCAGAUGCCCCUAGAUCGACUUGCCAGUCUCUGUCUUUGUUGGACUCACAGAGACGAAGCCACACGCAUUGCCGAUGGUUGGAAAAUGGCAAUUGAAGCCGCGAACUGGCAUCAUCAGCUUCAAUCCGGGCCGGCCAGGUUACAGGCAGCUUACUUGGGAAACGAAGUAGAGGAAUUACGCGCUGCUACGACUUACUGGAAAGAACAAUUCGAAAUGAACCAAGCCACCAAUAGGACACAGGUAUUAAAGCUCAAAGAAUCUAAUAAAAGCCUAGAGGACGGAAUCAAGAAGUCAUCAACGGCCCUGGAUGUCGCCAGGAGAGAAACCCUUGGUUUACAGUUCGAUUUGAAUGAGGCAAAUGAUGGAUUGCGGGCUGUCUCCGCAGAGGUGGACCACGCACGGAACGACAACGAAAUGCUCCGCCAAACGAUUAACAAACUUCAAGAAGACAAAGCUUCCCUUUUGGAAAGCGCCAAGAAGCGAUGUAUUGAAGCCGAUGCAGCUAAGGAGAGGGAACGCCAACUGGUAGCAGAGCUUGAAGCCAACGAAUCCUACUUGCACCAGUGUCGCGUAGAAAUCGGAGAUGAGCGAUCACACAACGCCGCCCUCGAAUCACUUGUUGGAAAUUUGCAGAAUAUGGAAAUCAAGAUGACGAAGAGUAUAUCGGAGUGCUGGCUACAUCGGUUUUGGGGAUGGAUCGCACGUGUGCGGGUAUUUUUACAAUGGCAGUCCUCAUCACUUGCGACAAACGUUUGGCAGAGAACGGCAGAAAUCCAAGUCACGUCACAGUUUGGAGUUGGACUUGGGAGCUUCUUGUGGAAGAAACCCAUGUUUUGGUAUCCGAUCCAGCAAAGUAUGCUGUAUUAUUAAUGUACUUUUACGAUAUGUAGAUAUUGCUUUCGUUAUUCUCCCCCAAAGCUUCAUGGUCCCUCCUCCUUUCAGGCCACUCACCUCAGUGAGUGCCCGGAUUUCCUUGUC